GAAUCAACGCGUGUUACCGCAGCGACCAGCUGGAGAAGAUGGCCUUUUUCCAGUGCAUGGAGGAGGUGGAGAAGUGCUUUCUGGAAGAAAGUUCUGGUGAACAAGAUUCGAGAUCUGGAAAAAACCAGGGCCGAAAUUCACGACGGCAAAGGCUGCGCUGUGACGCUAAACGUUAAGAUCAGCUCCUUGGUAUCCUCUGAAAAAAAUGAUUUGAAAAACGACUUGAAGAGAAGCUAACAAAAUAUAAUGCUUAAAGGCAAAUUAAAAAAAAACAAUUUUCAUCAGAGAACGUGACUCAUAAGCACACAUUUUUGUUAUUUCUAAGCGUAAGUACGUUUAUAGAUUUAGUCAGCUUUCCCAGCUUCGGCUUCGGAGCUGGUGUUCUUUGGCUAGUACUUGAAUUUAGUAAGGAAACUUAUUUAGCAUUAUGAAUUAUUAAAGCAUUGUUUAGAGGCAGUAUAUUUAGAUAUAAAGAUGAGACUAAUUCUAUCAAAAUUCUUAUUUUUUAAUUUUGAUAAUGAUAUUAGAUUUCCUGGGGGAAAAGGUUAUGUAUACUUUCAGACAUGAAUUUGGUUAAAUCAGUAUAGAUGGGAGCAAGGUUUAGUAAAAAUAUGGAUGAUUAUGAAAUGCAUAUAAAUAAAUAGUAUGCUGUUUCAUUAAAUAUAUAUACAUAUAUAUAUAUCCAUGUUAUAAAAUAAACUAGUUUUAGUUAUUUAAUCACUUGAAAAGAAUUCCUACAUUUUAGAAUUUUUGAGUUAAGGAUUUUUUUGCAGCUGGAGUCCCUAUUUUAUAGAACAUGGAUUUUCAUAGGAGUUGGAAUCCUCAUCUGGUUAAUUUUCUUUAAAAUUAAAAAAAAAACCCAUAUUUGACUUCGACAUUAAUUGUCAUAACUUUUAGGAGAGAAAAAAAUUUGAGGUGCUACUAAGAGUAGAAUCAUAAAAAGGACUUAAUAUUUUUUAUAACAUUUACGCUAGAAACUGAGCUUAUUUAUUUUUAAAUAACACUACUUCUGUGUUAAAUAGGGAAAAUUGGUGCCAAUAUGAGUGCUUUUGUGGGAGUGAACAGAAAAUGAGCAACAGCCAAGUGCUAGCAGGUGAAGCGACGUCCAGGCUCAGACGUGGCCGGUGCGGCCACGGCAAGUUACGUAUUUGUGUAAAUGUACCCCAGCAAUAAUGAGGUCAGCUUGAAAAAUAUAUUGCUUAUAACGGAAUUAAAUCAAAAUGAAAAAUUUUAUAGUGAUUGUUAAACGCCAAAUUGAACUGAUCUCAUUAAAUGUGAAAUUCAAGUAUAUUUAGACUUUUGCCUAAAUUUUAAUACAUGAAAAUAAUGAGACAUGACCAGAAGAGUUGGAAAAAGUUACUUCUAACUUUUUUUUCUUUUAGCAGUCUCUCAUUUCACAGUUUAGAUGUAUUUUCUGGAGUUGGAUGAAGUAGCCUAGCGUGUGAGCCUCCAGCACGCCAUGCGUCGCAGUGAACGAGGAUGAGCUGCCGGGGUCGCCCUGGAGGUUUGACUCGAGCGUUCUGCUCGUGACUUGUCACCUAGUGCAGCUAUCCUUGUGUGAGUCAGGUUCACAGAGAAGAAGGAGUUCAUUAAACUCGAGGAGCGGGCUGCAGUGGCGUGGAGUGAGCGUAGACGAGGUGUAUACGAGGUUGCUAACUGGAAACAGACUUCAGUUCUGGGCUUGGAAUACCCACAGCUGCAGAUUGCAUCCAGGAGGGUGCAGUGCUGCGUGGGUGCGGCCGGCUGUCGCCUCCUCGUGGGCACUGAUUUAUUUCCUGCUCUUCCGGGGGUAGUCUGGCCAACAGUCUCCAGGAAGAUGGAUGAGCAACUGUGUGCUGUUUUUGCUUCCUGUGGAAACCCACGGAGAAUUCCAGCUGAGCUGACUGGGCCUACGUGCUCUUCAAGGUCUCUUCAAGUUCUAGAUAAUUUUAUGAUUUAGCUAAGGAGCAAGCGUGGUCACUCCCUGGCCGGAAGGACGCAGCACCUGCCACCGCCACCGACGAAAGGACAGCGGCCCCCGCAGAGAGAUCUUCCCAGAAGAACCUGCCCUCCUCUGAGGAAGAAUCGUUUAACAAGCUCGACGAGAAGCAGGCUGAGAAGACCCCUGCGUCUCUAGCUCAGAGAAGUUCCGCCACAUGUCAGACAGAAAGACCCCACGAUGAACCAGGAGAUUCCGCCCUCAGAAAUUCCACAGAGCCGAGAGAGAGUGAGGACGGAAGAGACAUUUCAUGCCCAGGGAGACUGAGCCGACAGGACGCUCACAGCUCUGGGGCUGAGCAAGUCUCUGCGGAUAGAAGCGAAUGUCUGGUGUUCAAAGGGGAGGAAAAGGGGCUUCGUGCUAAGGGAGAGCCUGGCGAUGGAGGAGCUAAAGAAGAUGGAGGAUCCAAGGUGCCGCACAGAACAGGGCUGGCCAGGAGUUCACAUAAAGAGCAGUGUGUUGAUAGAACAAACGGUGGUCAGCCCUACGGAAGGUAGGGUUUACAGCGGUUGCAUCCCCAGCCGCCACUUUCUGCAGCUCUAGGAGCCGUUCCAGCUUGAGGCCAUACUGCAGGAUUACUGAAGGGACUCUUCAAAAUGACGGUUUAGAAGCUGCUUCCCCAGUGGUGUGGAUUUUUCUUGCCAUUAUUUUUUCUUCUCGCUGUGACAUUUUCCAGCAAUUUAUUACUUUCUAUGUCUCCUACCAACUGACAGACAGAUACAGUGAUUACCAGCAAUCACAUUUUAUAUUUUCUAAACAUCAGGUAAAAGUUUCUUAUUUUUAGCAAUAUAGAGAUCAAUAACUUCCUGAGAUCAAUAACUGAGCAAUGAUCAGAUUGACCAGAUGGUACCUUGGCUGCUUCCCAAGCAUUGUGAGGACUGAGUAGGUUAUUUAAUGCUUCGUCCUCAUCUGCAAAGUCUCACAUAGAAAUUAAGGCAAUUAUGCAGCCAAUUAAAAUGAAUAAAUCUAUGUUGUGAUCAACCAAGUAUCUACUUGAAACAAAGAGCACCCAGAUCCAAACAUCCAUGGUGUUUUUUAGGGAUUAAAGAUAUAAUUCUUAUUUCCUUUUUGAAUGAUGUAUUUUGGAAGCUAUUUGUAGAGAAGUCUAAUUUUUCAAGAGUUAAAUGUAAACACUAAUGUUUACGAAGGAAGUCCAUCACUGAAGACAUGGGUUUAGUAGAGUCUGGAGGUGUUGGAAAGUGGACAUUAGGUCAAUUCUUUCACCAGUAGAGGCUCCUCUCACUGCUGGUACUAUUCAGAGACCAUUGCUUUUUUUUUUUUUUAUUGCACUUUAAUGCAGUGGUUUCCCUCUUCUUUAAGGAAUAAAGUGGAAAAUGAAGAUCAAAUUAGUUAGGGAGUCAUAACAUGACUGCUGCUGUAAAGGGUCUGUGGACUAACUCGGGGUCGCCAUGAGGUCGUCAGGGAGCGUCUCUAGGAUGUGGACCAUCUCCAGCUGCUAGGGAUGAUGGGGGUGCACCCAGCUCCAUCUCACCCCAAACCCUGACAUCGUCAGCUCCCUAUCUUGAAGCUUACAUCCCAUCAGCAAAGCAUCGUCGCGAGGAAGCUUUCCUGCUCAGAAAUGUGACCAUCUGAGAGUUUUGUCUUGGGAACGUUGAGAGCUGUGGCUGGAUUCUAUUUUCCAGGCGUGUCAGCUCCGUAAAAGCCACGCCCCCGUCACGAGCCGUGGGAAAGGCAGCGACAAUACCCGUCUUGCAGAAAGCUGAUCCAACAGAGGCCUCGGGAGGUGGGAAGAGGAGAGGCAGCGAGAAGAGCUUGGUCCAGGAGGAGAACAAGAAGAGCAAGAUAGACAUGGAGGGUAAAGGAGCCGGGGGCCCUUGGAGCACACCGCAAGCCAGCCGCGCUGGGGACUCCCUGCAAGGCAGAGCCCCCGAGCCCUCUGGAGCAGAGGCCCCCAGGCAGCAAGCUCUGGAGACCCCCCUGGCUGACGCCCCGGCACCGCCCGCGCCGUUCGACCAUCGCAUCGUGACGGCCAGGCAGGCCGCGGUCAACAGCUUCUACACCGUGAGCAGGACCGAGAUCUUGGGAGGUGGGCGCUUCGGCCAAGUUCACAAGUGUGAGGAGAAAGCCACAGGCUUGAAGCUGGCGGCCAAGAUCAUCAAGACCAGGGGCAUGAAGGACAAGGAUGACGUGAAGAACGAGAUCAGCGUCAUGAACCAGCUGGACCACGUGAACCUCAUCCAGCUCUACGACGCCUUCGAGUCUAAGAACGACAUCGUCCUGGUCAUGGAGUACGUGGACGGAGGCGAGCUCUUCGAUCGCAUCAUCGACGACAACUGCAACCUGACGGAGCUCGACACCAUCCUGUUCAUCAGGCAGAUAUGCGAGGGGAUAAGACACAUGCACCAGAUGUACAUCCUCCACCUGGACCUGAAGCCUGAGAACAUCCUGUGUGUGAAUCGGGACACUAAACAAAUAAAAAUUAUUGACUUUGGAUUGGCCAGAAGGUACAAACCCAGAGAGAAGCUGAAGGUGAACUUUGGAACUCCUGAAUUCCUCGCCCCUGAAGUUGUGAACUACGAUUUUGUCUCCUUCCCCACUGACAUGUGGAGUGUGGGCGUCAUCGCCUACAUGCUACUCAGCGGCUUGUCCCCCUUCCUGGGCGACGACGAUGCCGAGACCCUGAACAACAUCCUGGCCUGCAGGUGGGACCUGGAGGACCAAGAGUUCCAGGACGUCUCGGAGGAGGCCCGGGAGUUCAUCUCCAAGCUUCUCAUUAAGGAGAAGAGCUGGAGAAUCAGUGCUAGUGAGGCUCUCAAGCACCCUUGGCUGUCGGAUCACAAGCUCCACUCCAGGCUCAGCACGCAGAAAAGGAAGAAUUGCUGCUCUGAUGCCCAGGACCCGGUGACCAAAUAGUGUCCGGAAAGCGCCCUCUUGAAAGGAAAACUGCUGCGGUUGCUGCUGCCUUGAGAAGAUUUUUGGAAAAAUCAGCAAUUCUGAUGCCUUGACUCCUACGGAGACUGGUGGCUCUGGGCGGUGGGGAGGGGAGGGUGCCACUCUGAACUCUGAGCACCUCUGCCAGGCUUGGGGGCGGGGGGUGCUGAGAGUUGAAGCCCUGGAGGCAGGCAAGCCUGUACCCACCCCACCCCCUGCCACACCCUGUGGCCGGGAGCACCCAAGAAGAUGGUUCCCUGCCAUCCUGAACUUAAAGCUUUCUGUCUUUGUUGCUGAGGCCCAGCAGGCCUCGUCUCUGCUAUGUCUCAGAUCACUAGAGUGGUCAUACUGGAGACUGAGCUGAGGGUUUAAAAUGUGUUGGAAGCAACAGCAAACUAUUAUCUAUAGGAUAAACAACAAGGUGCCACCGCACAGCCCAGGGGACUGUACUCAGCAUCUCAGGAUAGACCACUGUGUGUGUUCACGCUCGGUCGCUCAGUCCUGUCUGACUCUUUGUGACCCCACGGACUGUAGCCCACUAGGCUCCCCUGUCCAUAAGAUUCUCCAGGUAAGAAUACUGGAGUGGGUUGCCAUUUCAGGCUAUAAUGGAAAA